UCAAUUGAAGAAAAUGAAGUUUACCUGCCAAACGAUGAGCUCUGGAUCUAUGAAAUGGAUAGUGGGCUAUGGACGAUGCACCUGAUGGAAGGAGAGUUACCUACCUCCAUGUCAGGAAGCUGUGGGGCAAGCAUCAAUGGGAAGCUGUACAUUUUUGGUGGAUUUGAUGAUAAAGGAUACAGUAAUCGGCUGUAUUAUGUUAAUUUGCGAACAAAAAAUGGAACCUAUAGGUGGAAAAAAAUUACAAAUUUUAAAGGUCAACCUCCUACACCACGUGACAAGCUUUCCUGCUGGGUGUAUAAGGACAGGCUGAUCUAUUUUGGUGGCUAUGGCUGCAGGAAGCAUAACGAGUUGAGUGAUUGUUUUGAUGUCCAUGAUGCCUUUUGGGAAGGACAGAUAUUCUGGGGAUGGCAUAAUGAUGUUCAUGUUUUUGAUACAACCACACAAACUUGGUCUCAACCAGCAAUUAGAGGUGGAGAUCCACCUCAGCCUCGAGCAGCUCACACAUGUGCUGUGCUGGGAAAUAAGGGUUACAUCUUUGGAGGACGAGUGCUGCAAACUAGAAUGAAUGAUUUACACUGCCUGAAUUUAGACACUUGGACUUGGUCUGGAAGAAUUAAUAUCAGUGGAGAGAAGCCCAAGGAUCGAUCCUGGCACACGUUGACCCCCAUAGGAGAUGACAGACUCUUUCUUUUUGGUGGACUCAGUUCUGAUAAUGUUCCUUUAAGUGAUGGCUGGAUUCACAGCAUUACAACAAAUGGGUGGAAACAACUUACCCACCUGCCCAAGAGCAGACCCAGGUUGUGGCAUACGGCCUGCCUUGGGAAAGAAGGAGAAGUGAUGGUGUUUGGUGGAAGCAAAGAUGACUUGCACUUCAUGGACACGGGUCACAGCAGUGACUUGUUGAUAUUUCAGACUCAACCUUACUCACUCCUCAGGUUGUGUCUCGACUGCAUCGGCAAAAACGCCACUCUCCUGAAGAACCAAAUACCCUGUUUGCCAUCAAAACUCCUGCAGCAAGUGCUGAAAAAAAUAACCUUCUGGGCUGCAGUGAGCCACCGGCAGGAGAAGAAGGCUGAAACUGAAAGACAAAGCCAGCUGAGCUCCACAUGA